AUGGGGAUCACCGCUCAAUGUUACAAGCUUAUAGAGGCCGAAGUCCUUCAGCGGUCUUCACACAUUGUCUCUGUGGUAGACAACCAAGCAGUGAUCUUUGGGGGAGAGCUGCAGCCCCGUGAACCCCGCGAUAAUGAUGUCCACUCGGUGUCUUUGGACAGCGCUACUACAACCAUGAAUCUUCAGCCCGCAACACCCGAAUUCCCCUCAGCACGCGUCGGUACCGCCUCCGCAGUCUUGAACGGAAAGAUCUACCUCUUCUCCGGCCGAGGAGGCAUCGCCAUGGCCCCCAUCGACGAAAACGGCGCGAUCUGGGAAUACGACUUGUCCACCAAAAGCUGGACCUUCAUACAGCCAUCGGAUAUAGGCUCGAAAAAGUAUCCCGCCGCCCGCAGCUAUCACUGCAUGACUAGUGAUGGCAAAGACACCCUCUAUCUCCACGCAGGAUGUCCCGAAAAGGGAAGACUCGGAGACUUAUGGGCCUUCAAACUUCUCACCAAAGAAUGGACUGAGCUUGCGCCGGCCUUUGAUCCCCCUCGUGGGGGUACAUCGAUUGCUUUUGCUGAUGGGAAACUGUAUCGCAUGAAUGGCUUUGAUGGGGAGACUGAGCAGGGCGGGAACCUGGAUAUCUAUACGCCGGAGACUAAUUCUUGGGAUUCACAUUCCUAUUGCGCGGAUGGCAAGGGUGGUCCGACGCCACGGAGUGUCAGCACCUUGUUGCCGAUUUCACUUGGGGGGCGAUCUUAUCUAGUUACUAUGUUUGGAGAGCGGGAUCCUAGUUCGCUGGGCCAUCAGGGUGCCGGGAAGAUGUUGAGUGAUGUAUGGGCCUUCGAUCUUGGAAGCAAGAUGUGGGGUCAGGCUGAUUUGCAGGGAAGUGAGCUUCCACUUGCGCGGGGCUGGUUCGAUGCUGAUGUUGCGGCCUCCGAUGCAAUCGUCGUUCACGGUGGGCUGGGAGAAUCGAAUGAACGACUUGGAGAUAUCUGGAGACUUGAAUUUGCAUGA